UGAAGCCCAAUGCACAGAAACACUUGAAGCUUUACCAUUUUAUUUAGCAAUUUGAACAUGUUUUUUCUAAGCUCCCGGCAUCUCUUCUUUUCUCUCCUUUGCAGUCUUCUCGUUCUUCAGGCACAUUGCGAUGAUCCAAAGACGUAUAUCGUGUACAUGGGGGAUCAUUCGAAGGAAAUGGAAGUCGCUGAAUUACAUCACACGAGUAUGGUUCGAAGAGUCCUUGGCAGAAACUUUGCACCAGAAGCUCUGCUCCACAGCUACAAGAAGAGCUUCAGCGGGUUUGCGGUGAGGCUAACACAAGAGCAAGCUGAAAGAAUGGCCGAAAUGGAUGGCGUGAUCUCUGUGUUCCAAAGCAAAACGCACAAGCUCCAAACAACGAGGUCCUGGGACUUCUUAGGGUUUCCACCGCAGGUGAAAAGAACAACUGUCGAGAGCGACGUCAUCGUGGGAGUAAUCGAUACAGGAAUUUCGCCCGAAUCUGACAGCUUCAACGACCAUGGAUUUACUUCACCACCAAGAAAAUGGAAAGGCUCUUGCCAAAACAUCACUUGCAACAACAAAAUAAUUGGAGCAAAAUACUUUCGGGCGAACGGCAUUUUUGGAAAAGAUGAUAUUAAAUCUCCAAGGGAUACAGAUGGCCACGGCACUCAUUGCGCAUCUACAGCCGCAGGAAACUUGGUUAACUCAGCGAGUCUGUUUGGGUUAGGCUCAGGCACUGCAAGAGGGGGAGUCCCAUCUGCUCGUAUUGCUGUGUACAAAGCUUGUUGGUCAUCAGGUUGUGAAUCGGCUGACAUUCUCGCGGCAUUUGACGAAGCAAUCUCUGAUGGUGUCGACAUACUCUCUGUAUCACUCGGUCAAUCCGAGGAGAAAUAUGUUGACUUUUUUGAGGACGUAUUUGCAAUUGGAGCUUUCCAUGCAAUGAAAAAAGGCAUUUUAACGUCAAAGGCUGCCAUGAACAAGGGUCCUGAGCUUUCGACCAUGACUAGUUUUGCGCCCUGGUCGCUUGAUGUGGCUGCUUCCGCUAUUGAUAGAAAGUUUUUCACCAAGGUUCAGUUGGGAAAUGGCAUGGUUUUUGAGGGAAUCUCUAUGAACACAUUUGAUCUUCAAAAUAAAACUUACCCAUUGAUUUACUCUGGAGAUGCACCCAAUAUCACCGGUGGAUUUAACAGUUCCAUAUCAAGGACUUGCAUUGAAAACUCCUUGGACGAAGCGAUGGUGAAGGGAAAAAUGGUUGUGUGUGAUGGGUAUUCAACUAAGCUAACUGGAUUAGCGUCUGGGGCGGCUGGGAUUGUGGUUCCAGCCAUUUCCUCAAAAGAUUGGGCAUCUCAGUUCACUCUUGCUCUUCCUCUCGCUGUACUUACUCAAAACGAUGGCACACACAUUUUCUCUUACUUGAAUUCUACUAGAAAUCCAACUGCUACUAUAUAUAAGAGUAAUGAAGGCAAAGAUUCUUUGUCCCCUUACGUGGCUUCCUUUUCUUCAAGGGGGCCAAACAUGAUUACUCCCGACAUCCUCAAGCCUGAUAUCUCUGCUCCAGGAGUAGAUAUUAUAGCCGCAUGGUCUCCCAUUUCCCCUGUUUCAGAAGCGAAAGGAGACAAGAGACUAUCAAACUUCAAUAUAAUAUCAGGAACUUCCAUGGCUUGCCCUCAUGCUACUGCAGCCGCCGCCUAUGUCAAGUCAUUUCAUCCCAAAUGGUCUCCGGCAGCAAUCAAGUCCGCGUUAAUGACCACCGCCACUCCAAUGAGUCCCGCUCUCAAUCCGGAAGCUGAAUUUGCAUAUGGAGCUGGACAAAUCAAUCCAGUUAAGGCUGUGGCUCCUGGUUUGGUAUAUGAUAUCAGUGAAUUAGAUUACUUGAGGUUCUUGUUUGGACAGGGUUACAAUACGACGAGCCUAAGAAGCAUUACUGAUGAUGACAUCAGCUGUAAGAAAACUAAGAAUGAAACAGUGUGGGACCUGAAUCUGCCAUCUUUUGCUCUUAAGAGAAGCAUCACAGAAUCUUUCAGCAGUGUGUUUCAUAGAACUGUGACGAAUGUUGGAGCAGCUGGAUCUAUAUACAAGGCUAAAGUGAUUGUUCCUCCAUCCUUGUUAUCUAUUCAAGUGACACCAAAUGUUUUGUCGUUCUCGUCCGUGGGUGAGAAGAAGUCGUUUACAGUAAUGGUUGAAGGAACCAUAAACGUGGGAAUAGUGUCCGCUUCUUUGAUUUGGGAUGAUGGAAAUUUCCAAGUGAGGAGCCCCAUUGUGGUUUACAGUACUCAGUGAGUGCCAUACAUGGAUCAUCAGUCUCGAGCAAACAUGUUAAGUCUUUCUUUUGGUUUUCUUCAAGUAUGCUGAAUAACUCAAUAAAGUCCAGUGACUGAAUUAUACACGUUCAGUCAUUCAUGUAUAUUUGCUUUAAUAUGUCGUUGUUUAUUCUCCUAUGUAAAAUAAAAAGGUAUUGAAUUGUUUGAUAGAUUGAUGGCUGAUGAUUAUAAGACGGUGCGAUAAUAAUAUAAUGUU